AUGGCUCCAAUGAACUCUAUAAAGCUUAAAAGAAUAUUGUCUUCUGAAAUAGCUUCUAAUAGCUCACUAUACUGCAUUAAGGAUGUAAAAUUUUUUAAAAAAUUAGUAAAAAAUUUUUAUUUAAUAAAAUUUUAUGAGGCGCAAAUCGGAAAAUGGGGCGCGAUUAAAAGAAUGCCAAUCUUACAAACUUCAUAUGCUAUAAUAAUCUUUAGUUAUCUUAACUCUGUGUAUCUAGAGGUAUUAUCAAUGAUAUGA